UCUUGGUGGCCGACACCGCCCGCCCGCCUAUUUCCACAGCGCUCGGAGGAAAUGGCUGCGAGACCCUAGAGGCCUGGGAGCGGAGGAGCUCGCUCAUGCGAGUGGUCUCACAAUAAUCUGCGUAGUUGGCAGCGACCUGCGACCGGCGGCAGCAGUGUUUGAGGCCCGACUGUUUGCUUGGACCAAGCGCUUACAACGCCGGGCUUUGUUUGUAUUCAAGACUACGGGGAAGUGUCCAAUUCCAGUGUUGGGCAGGUCUCCGUUCUGUGCCUCUGAUGUUCCUCUAGGAUGGGACCUGGUGUAAAGUCCAAGUCAUCACUGGUGUUCACGUGUGAUUGAAGCCUGGGCCGCUCGGGAAAGAGUUCUCAAGGUAUGGAUGAGAAAGGUGACCCAAGCAAUGAGGAAGCCCCCAAGGUCAUCAAACCCACCAGUAAAGAGUUUAGGAAAACGUGGGGGUUCCGAAGGACCACCAUUGCUAAACGAGAGGGCGCUGGGGACGCGGAGUUAGACUCUGUGGAUCAGCAGCCCCAACAGCAGCAGCAGAGCCUGUCCUUGCGACGCAGUGGGAGGCAGCCGAAGCGGACCGAGAGGGUGGAAGAGUUUCUCACGACAGUCCGGCGCAGAGGGAGGAAGACUGUGUCUGUCUCCCCUGAGGACCCCAGUGAGCCAACCUCCUGCCCAGUCACAGAUGUCGAAACCGCUUCUGAGGGGAGCGUCGAGAGCACCUCUGACAGUAAAAGUGGGCCCAAGGUCGGCCCCACGGGCAGUAAGGAACGACCAGCCUCAUCUGCAAAAGGCAAAGGAGGUGAUGGUGAAGAUGAUACCUCCGAUAGUGACAGCGAUGGGUUGACGUUGAAAGAACUUCAGAAUCGCCUACGAAGAAAGCGAGAGCAAGAGCCAGCUGAUCGGCCCCAGAAAGGUGUCCAGAGUCGCCUGAGAAAGAGGCGUCGGGAGGAGGAACUGACAGAAACUGUGGACAUGGAGAUGGCCAAUGCUGUGGAGAACUCCCUGCCCAGCCAGCAGGAGCCCACAGCUGAGCAGGCAGCGAGUGAUGACAGAGAGAGGAAGUCGGAAGGGCGGGCGGCCCAGGGGGUCAAUGAGGAGGACCCUGGAAGCUCGGUCAAGCAUAAGCCCGAGUGUGAGGUGUACGACCCCAACGCUCUGUAUUGCAUAUGUCGACAACCUCAUAAUAACAGGUUUAUGAUUUGCUGUGAUCGGUGUGAAGAAUGGUUCCAUGGCGAUUGUGUGGGCAUUUCUGAGGCUCGGGGGCGGCUCCUGGAGCGGAACGGGGAGGACUACAUCUGCCCCAACUGCACCAUUCUGCAGGGGCAGGACGAGCCUGCCUCAGAGACCGCCGGCCAGCAGGAAGCAAGGCUGCGGCCUGCAGACGCGGACGGCAUGGGCUGGACAAGCAUUGGGACCAUAGAACAGAAAUCCAGCGAAGACCAAGGAAUAAAGGGAAGAAUUGAGAAGGCUGCAAACCCGAGUGGCAAGAAAAAGCUCAAGAUAUUCCAGCCUGUCGCAGAGGCCCCUGCUGCUGCGAAGUGCAUUGGGCCCGGGUGCUCGAGAGUGGCACAGCCGGACUCUGUCUACUGCAGCAGCGACUGCAUUCUGAAACACGCCGCCGCCGCCAUGAAGUUUCUGAGCGCAGGGAAGGAGCCCAAACAAAGACCUAAAGAAAAGGCCAAGACAAAGCCAGAAAAGCUCAUUCUUCCCAAAUGUAGUGUUCAGGCAGGUGUUAAAGUCUCUUCUGUGCACAAGAGACCCGUUCCAGACAAGAAGGAAAACGCUGUGAAGAAGGCGGUGGUGGCCCCUGUUCGGAAUGAGGUCCUCGUGAAGGAAGCGACUUGUGAGAGCAGCACGCCGUCCUGGGCGAGCGACCACAAUUACAAUGCAGUAAAGCCAGAACAGACUGCUGCCCUGUGGCCGUCACUGUUGUGUAAAUCCAUGAAGGAGGACCGACAACUGGAAAACACCGCGGCCGCGAUGCCAAAGAAAGUGGUUGCUCCAGGCCCUGCUGCGGGCAGCAGACAGCCUGCAGGGCGGGGUAUCCUUCCAAAGAAGUCCCCUCCUUUCUCCAGCGUGGCCAAGCCAGUCAUCAGGAAGUUGCCCUCGGGCUUCAAGGGCACCAUACCCAAGAGGACGUGGCCCUCGGCUGCCCCCUCGGGCAGUGCUCCUGCCGCCAAGCAGGCCGGGCUGGUGCCUGGGGCUGCCGCGUCUGCUUCCAAAAAGCUGCCAGGCUCUGCUGCCUUGGUGGGAGCCACCAGGAAGCCCAUAGUGACCUCUGUCCCCUUGGCCUCUCCAGCCCCGGGGCGCCUGGGGACUCCGAGCACCGCCCCAUCACAGCCAAAUUCACAGAUUCGUCAAAAUAUAAGGCGCUCAUUGAAGGAGAUCUUGUGGAAAAGAGCCAGCGACAGUGACGACCUUGUAGUGACAGAGAGUGAAGUCGGAAAGGUGGCUCUCCACAUCGAGAAGGAGAUGUUCAACCUGUUCCACGUCACCGACAACCGCUACAAGAGCAAAUACCGCAGCAUCAUGUUCAACCUCAAGGACCCCAAGAACCAGGGCCUCUUCCAUCGCGUUCUGCGUGAAGAAAUCCCUUUGGCCAAACUUGUGAGAAUGAAGCCAGAAGAACUUGUGUCUAAGGAGCUUUCCACGUGGAAAGAGAGGCCGGCCAAACCCGCGAUGGAGCCCAGAGCAAAGCUGCAGCAGGAGGGCAGGAGGAGCGCCGCCCGGCAGGAGGCCGUCCCCGACCUGGGAGACUCCCCGCCCGUGUCGGACUCCGAUGAGCAGGAGUCGGUCCGUGCCGUCCCGGAGAAGAGCGCUGCGCCCCCUCUGGACGUCUUCAGCAGCAUGCUGAAGGACACGACCAGCCAGCACCGCGCCCACCUCUUCGACCUCAACUGCAGGGUUUGCACAGGUCAGGUUUCAUCAUCAGAAGAUGAACCAGCUCCGAAAAGACAGAAAGUGUCGGCUCCUGCUAAGAAAGAAGAGUCAAAAUCCAAGUUUGACAGCUCUCCCUCUGAGCCAGCUCUCAGCUCUGUGGGCGAGGUGGCACCGGAAACUCUGCCCGAAAGCACCUCCGAGCCGGACCCUGGGGGCACACCCCAGGCCCCAUCGGAGAGGAGGUGCUUCCCCGGGGCUCCCGGAGACGGCCGCCCUGAGCCCUCGGCCCAGGAAGGGCCUUCCUGCCCAGCGUCCUGUGGGGGCGCGGUGCUCACCACUGUCACCAUGUCUGGCCGAGACCCCAGGACUGCCCAGAGCACCGUGAGCACAGCCCUGACCCCCGCAGCCGCCCUCCCGGACAGCACCCGCCUGGCAGAGCCACAGCAAGAGGCUGCGAAGCCUGCUGCGCCCCCUGUGCUGGUGCCCAAGUCCAUUCUGGCCAAGCCGUCCUCGUCCCCCGAGCCCAGAUACCUGCUGUCAGUCCCGCCAUCCCCGAGCAUCAGCGCCGCGGAGUCCCGGUCCCCUCCGGAAGGAGACACGGCCCUCUUCCUCUCUCGCGUCAGCACCAUUUGGAAAGGAUUUAUUAACAUGCAGAGUGUAGCAAAGUUUGUCACUAAGGCUUACCCCGUCUCUGGAUGUUUUGAUUAUCUCAGUGAGGACCUGCCCGACACGAUUCACAUUGGUGGACGGAUCGCACCGAGGACUGUGUGGGAUUAUGUCGGCAAACUCAAGUCUUCCGUGUCCAAGGAGCUGUGUCUGAUCCGGUUCCAUCCCGCCACGGAGGAGGAGGAAGUGGCCUAUAUCUCUCUCUACUCCUAUUUUAGCAGCCGCGGCCGCUUUGGCGUUGUCGCUAAUAACAGCAGGCACAUCAAGGACCUCUACCUGAUCCCCCUGAGUGCCGAGGACCCUGUUCCAUCCAAGCUCCUGCCCUUCGAGGGACCAGGUCUGGAGUCACCACGUCCAAACAUCAUCCUUGGGUUAGUGAUCUGUCAAAAAGUCAAGCGCCCUUCGAGUGCUGGGGAACUGGACAAGACGGAGGAGAAGCGGGCCCGGCUGCAGACGCCAGAGGAAGCCGACGUGCCGGCGCACCCCAAGACGCCUCCGGCCUCACAGUCUGAGAAGAAACCCCCCAAGUAUCAGCUCAGCUCUGGGGACACUGCCGGCAGCACCACGCCACCAGGGUCCCCCCCACCCCCGCCUCCUCUGCCAGAACCUCCAGCUCCAUCUGCAGCACUGAGAUCCCUGGCGGCCCUCAAGCCAGGAGCCGCCCACCCCGUCCCAGCAGCAAGCGCACCAGCAGCUGCCCCCGCAGCCGCUUCCUCCACCUCUAAAGCAGCUUCGCCCCUGGAACACAUCUUGCAGACUCUGUUCGGAAAGAAGAAGGCGCUUGACCCCCCAGCCGCGGAGCCCGGGGGCCCUGCCUGCACCUCCCGCCCCGACACCGAGGCCAAGGCUGAGGGCGGGCUGCCGGCAGCGCCUCUGCUGGACCCCAUCGUUCAGCAGUUUGGUCAGCUCUCCAAAGAGAAGGCUCUCGAGGACGAGGAAGACGACAGGCCCUAUGACCCUGAGGAGGAGUACGGGCCAGACCGGGCCUUCGAGACACAGCCCGGGGGCCGAGGGAGCCGGCAGGACGUGGCCUCGGAGACCACCGAGAGGGAGGAGGUGGCCUAUGACCCAGAGGAUGAGACGAUCUUGGAAGAAGCCGCAGUGACCAUCGAAGACCUGCCCCGCAGGAUGUGCGCAGCUGCCGGGGAGGCCUCCGCGGAGAGGCCGGCCGGGCUCAGCGCCUCUGCCCCCUCCCUGGCCGAGCAGCAGCAGAUGAUCGAGGAGCUCAACAGGCAGAUCGAGGAGCAGAGGCGGCAAGUGGAGCAGCAGGAGGAAGCCCUCAGACAGCAGCGGGCCGCCGUCGGGGUCUCCAUGGCGCACUUCUCCGUGUCCGACGCGCUCAUGUCGCCGCCGCCCAAGGCCUCGCUGCCCAAGGCCGCGCUGUUCCCGCAAGACCAGCAGGCUGCCGGCAGGCCAGUUGUGCCCCCCACCAGCCAGGGGCCAGGCCCUGGCGCCGACCCCCGGCAGAGCCGGGACCCCCGACAGGCCCGGCGGCUGGCUGCGGAGAGCAGCGAGAGCGAGGGCUCCAAGGCCCCCGCCAGCAGCACGCCCGGCGCCCCGCCCGCCCGAGAAGCCCCCAGUGGGGCUGCUGCUGCUCAGGGGCCUGCACCCACCCCGGAGGAAAAGGAGCCCACCCCUCCGUCCUGGGCUGCAAGUGACGAGGCUGCCCUGCCAGCCAAGCAGGAGGGCCCCCCAGGGGAGCCCUCGGAAAGCCAGGGCCCGCCGCCCACAGAGAGCGGCCCUCCUGGGGCAGGUGGCCUCGGCCCCGCCCGGCCUGCCCGAAAGGUCCUGCUGCCCACACCGCCCAGCACCGCCUUCCAGCCCAACUUCCCGGUGCCCGGCGAAGGGCAGAGCUUCGGCUCUCCCGCAGGGAGGGACCCUUUCUCCAGCCAGGCCUGUACAUCUCAGGACAGCUCCUUCGGCUCCUCCCCUUAUGAGGCCCCAAGAAAUGCCCUCUUUGCUGAGAAAGGUGACCGUUUGGCUGUUGAAACUGAAGGAGACAGAGAUCCACAGUGCAGACCUGGCGAGGGGCCCGCUCCAUUCCCCCCACCUGGACAGAAAGGGGCCCCCCAGUUCCAGGGCCAGCGUGAGCCCACACCCCGCACUUUCGGAACAUCGGGACUUCAUGGCCCCAGCUUCCCGGGACCACGGGGGCCGGUGCCUCCAUUUUCAGAAGAGAGUAUGAUUUCUAACAACGACGGGCCCAGAGGGCCUCCGCCAGCCAGAUUCGGGGCCCAGAAGGGGCCCAUCCCUUCCUUAUUCUCAGGGCCGCAUGGGCCACCUCCCUAUGGGGACAGCAGGGGCCCCUCCCCCUCUCACCCUGGUGGGCCCAGAGGAGCAGCGCCCCCCCAGUUCGAAGAACGCAAGGAUCCGCACGGGGAGAAAAGAGAAUUCCAGGAUGCCCCCUACAAUGACAUGGCUGGGCCUCCUGCCCAGUUUGAAGGACCAGAACAAGGCCUGCCAGUGGGGAACAGAGGUGCAGCCCCUUUCCAGUUUGGAGGCCCACGGAGGCCUCUGCUGGCACAGUUUAAAGGACCCCGAGGAGGCCCUCCCUCUCAGUUUGGGGGUCAGAGAGGACCACCGCCUGGCCAUUUUGUGGGCCCAAGAGGGCCACAUCCUAGUCAGUUUGAAAGCGUGCGCGGUCCCCAUCCCAAUCAGUUUGAUGGACCCAGAGGCCAAGCACCCAAUUUCAUGCCAGGACCCCGGGGAAUGCAGCCUCAACCAUUCGAAGAGCAGAGGGUGAACUCCCCUCCCAGAUUUUCAAAUCAGAGGGCCCCAGCACCCCUUCAGUUUGGUGGACCAAGGGGGUCUGUGCCUUUUCCUGACAAAAGUGAGCCCGCCCCUCCCCGGUUCCACUUUCAGGGACAGUCCCCACAAGUGAUGAAGCCAGCGCCCAGGCCCCUGCUGGAGCUGCCCAGCCACCCACCACAGCACCGCAAGGACCGGUGGGAUGAGGCCGGCCCCGCGCCCAACCUGCCCCCUGGAGCUCCGGGCCCAGCCCCUGAGGCAGAGGCCCAGUGGGCCCCGUCCAAGGGCCCAGAGUACAGAAACCAGGCCGGGCCCAAAGAGAAGCCGCUGGAGGAGCCCGAGGCGCAGCCUGAGAGCCGGCAGGGCCGUGCCUUCGAGGACCGGCGGCGGGAGCGGGAGCACGGGAAGCCCUGGGAGCGGGAGCGCGGCAGGAACUGGAGCCGGGAGCGCGACUGGGACCGGGGCCGCGAGUGGGACCGACACCGCGAGAAGGACUCCUGCCGGGAGCGCAGCGCAAACAGGGACCACGAGUGGGACCGGAGCCGGGAGCGGAGCCGGAACAGGGACCGGGACCGGGACCGGAGGCGGGACCGGGACAGGUCUCGAAGCAGGGACCGGGAGCGCGACAAGACCCGGGAGCGCGAGCGAGGCCGCGACCGCAAGGACCGCAGCAAAAGCAAGGAGAGCACGCGGGACCCGAAGGCCGAGGCCGCAGACGCCCCUGCCCACACCUAGGUGGGCCUCAGCCCGGCACCGUCCUUUCAAAAGCCAAGUUCAUAAAAUGUGUUGAACAAAUUGUUUUUGAAGUAGCUAUGAACUUAGGUGAAGAAUAGAGUAUUCUGGACUUCAAAAAUUACUGUAAUUUUGUGUAUAAUGGUUUCUUACAAAAUUUCACAUCUUUACAAUUCUGAUGCUU